AUAAAGAAGUCGGCAAUGGAGGAGUCCAAGCGACACUUGCUCCUCCUCCUCCUCAUCUUCCUCCUCCUCUUCUCCUUCCUCUUCCUCCUUCUCCGAGCAACGCGAGCGCCGGCGUCUCCUCCGGCGAUCGUCUGCAUUCCGGAGCCUGGAUCGGGUGCUUCGUCGGCCGGAGGCAGCGGGCGAUUCCGAUCAGGGGCUAUGGUUUUGUUACCGACUUUCCUUGAUGGACUUGCGAAAACCAUAUCAAAUAAGAAAGGAAAAAGUGGUCCAUGUGAUGUUGGAAGGGAAGCCGCAAAUACCCUGGCCAAGGAAGCAAAGAGGAACGAGUCGAUCUUGAGUUCUACAGCUGCUGUUAAGACUAGCAAGUCUAGUAGACUCGCCUCUGCAUGCUCCAAAAGAGGACACAAAGGUAUAAAUCAGGAUUGCUUCAUACUCUGGGAGGAGUAUGGUUGUCAAGAGGACAUGACCUUUUGUGGAGUGUUUGAUGGCCAUGGUCCUUGGGGCCAUGUUGUGGCAAAGCGGGUCAGGGAGUUGUUGCCUUCUUUUUUGCUGUGUAAAUGGCAAGAAGCUCUCGGUUUAGGAUCCCAAGAUUGGAAUGCAAACCUUCAGGACUUUGACAUAUGGAAGCAAUCCUUCCUGAAAACGUAUGCUGCCAUUGACCAGGAGCUGAAGCUGCAUAGGAGUAUCGAUACUUUCUUUAGUGGAACUACAGCUUCGACAAUUGUUAAACAGGGUGAAAAUCUUCUUAUAGCAAAUAUUGGUGAUUCUCGGGCUGUUCUGGCUACUUCUUCUGAUAAUGGCAGUCUGGUUCCUCUUCAGCUAACCAUCGAUUUUAAGCCCAACUUACCUCGGGAAGCUGAGCGAAUAAAGCAGUCAAAAGGGAGGGUAUAUUGUUUGCACGAUGAACCAGGGGCGUACAGGGUCUGGAGGCCAAAUGAUAAGACACCGGGAUUAGCAGUUUCAAGAGCCUUUGGUGACUUCUGCUUAAAGGACUUUGGACUAAUCUCAGUGCCGUAUGUGACACAACGAAAGAUAACCAGCCGCGACCAAUUUAUCAUUUUGGCUACUGAUGGAGUGUGGGACGUGAUAUCCAACCAUGAAGCAGUUCAAAUCGUGUCGUCGGCACCUGAUAGGGAGAAGUCAGCUAAGACGCUGGUAGAGUGCGCCGCUCGUGGAUGGAAGCUCAAGAGGCGAGGCAUCGCGAUGGACGACAUCUCGGCUAUCUGCCUCUUCUUUCACAAUACGGUGACCGCGGGGUUCGAUCGCCCUCUGAGGGCUCCGACAAGAGGAGUUGGUGUCAAAACUCCGAAACACCGCGGGUUGGAUGGUUGAAUCCAAUUUAUUGUUGCUGCCUUUUUAGGAUGACUCAAAGCAGUCGCUGUACAUACAAACGAAAGGUCUUACCUUUGUAGAUCUCUAACCACAGAUCCAAUAAAACAAAUAGGCGUUCUGUCCCA